AUGAAAUCUUUUCGGGAAGCUUGUUUCCAUGGUAUACCUGACGAACCUGGUCUUCGUUCAACUGCUUGGAAAGUCCUUAUGGGAUAUUUGCCACCUGAUAAAAGGAUGUGGGAAACAACUUUAAAGAAGCAAAGACUAAACUAUUAUAAUUGGGUUAAAGAUUUAUUAGAAGAACCUGGAGAAGAGCCUCCAACAAAUGAUCAUCCUUUAAAUGCUGAACCAGGAUCCAAAUGGGCUGCUUAUUUUCAAGAUAACUUGAUUUUAGAGCAAAUAGAUAAAGAUGUCCGACGUACUUUACCGGAUUUUGCAUUUUUUCAACAAUAUGUACCUAUCAAUCCACUAAAUCCACUAUCAGCAACAAUAAAUGAUACAUCAGAAGAAUCACUUAACUCCCAUCAACAAACAGCAACACAAUUUGAACAGGAUCCUUUGUCAAUAUUGAUUGCUGAAGAAUCGCCAUUUGAAAAAGAAUCAAAAUCGAGACGCUUUUCUUUUGGACUAAAAGGUCGGCCCCGAUCAGUAUCUGCUACCUCAAAAAAGUCACUUAAAACGAUCAACACAAAUAAUACGAUAUUGAAUCCUCAACUAAAUACAGUAGCUUCAUCACUUAAUGUGUCAACAGCAGCGGGAAAUAAAAUAGAUACAAGAGCACGCUCAAACUCUAGAAGUUCAGCAAGAUCAUUUUCUUCAGGUAUCUUAGAUAGUGGAUCAGACAUCAUCUCUACCCCUCGAAGUAUCGUUAGAAAACUAUCAACGGCUUUUACUUCAAAAAGCAAUAAUUAUUCAAGUUUUGUACCUAAAUUUGGAAAUUCUAAUAAAAAAGUGGAGCCAGAUCAUUUAGAACCAAUUUGUCCUUAUAUCCCAUCACGUAGAUCUCUAUUUAGACGUAUUGCACAUUUAAACGAAGAAAUUGGAAAUAGAGAACAUCAAAAUAAUGGUACAGAGCAUCAUAUAGGUCAGAAAGCUAUUGAAGCAGAUGUAUCUAUUAUGGAUUAUCAUUGGGAAGUAAUUGAACGUAUUUUGUUUAUAUAUGCCAAAUUAAAUCCUGGUGUGGGUUAUGUUCAAGGAAUGAAUGAAUUAUUAGCACCCAUCUAUUAUGUUUUCACCGCAAAGGCUUCUGAAGAGGACCAAGAGUCUCAAGCAUAUGCCGAGGCAGAUUCCUUUUUUGUAUUUACAACUUUAAUGGCAGACGUUAGAGAUCAUUUUGUUCGUUCACUUGACCAAGAUGCUAGUACAGGUAUUAAUGCAACUAUGUGGCGUAUGAGUCAACGAUUAGCAUGGUUUGAUAGACCAUUGUUUAGAGAUUUAAGUAAAAAGGAUAUUAAGGAACAAUAUUAUGCGUUCCGCUGGAUUACUGUUCUUUGCUCACAAGAAUUCGAUUUACCUGAUGUCAUUCGUUUGUGGGAUUCUAUUCUGGCAGAUCGAGGAAUUCAAGAAGGACAAGAAGAAGGCCACUUUGAAUUUUUAUUAGAUUUUACUGUAGCGAUGCUUAUAUGUAUUCGACAAGAGCUUAUUGAUGGUGAUUUCGCUAAUAAUAUGCGUAUUUUACAAAAUUAUCCAUUAAGUGACAUACAAAUUGUGUUAAGUAGAGCGUAUUCCAUACGAGAAACACGACUACAAGCAAUGGCAUCAGGAAAAAUAAUACCAGGAGUAAAUGAUAAGAGGAGCAGUGGAUUAUUUAGUGGUGAUUUCAGUGACACAUCAUCUAUCUCGUCUACUAAUUCCGGUAGAUUUAAAAGAUUCACUACUGAUAUGGCACGUGUAAGUUUAGAUUCUUUUAGAAGAGGGUCAAAAGAAUCAUUAGAUGAUAUUUUUAAGCGAGGAUUAUCACUUACACGAGUAACCAAUGAAGAUAUAAAUAGAAAGAGAGCAUCUACAGGAAAUAUAGCUAGGAACCUGUCUCAGAAGCUAGGAUUUGCAAACAGUUUGACUGCUAAAGUGAAACGUACUUCAUCAGUACACUCUGUAAAUACAACCUAUUCAUCUCAACAGCAACCUAUAGACGAACAAAUUCAAAAAGAUUGGUUACUGGCUAACCAAUUAAGUGCAGCAGAGAACAAUACAUUUCAUUUAAGACAGAAUUCUAUUUCUUCUAAUGCAUCGUCCACAACAUCAACUGCUACACGUAUAAGUUCACUUAUGAAUCGAUUUUCUCAGUUUGUCUCUAGUAGGCCGCUGUCAUCUUAUCAAACUCAAUCGUUACCACAACAACAGAAUGAACAGGAUCAGAUAUUAAAUAAUACAGAAUCCACCUAUUCAUCUCCAAUCUUAUCAAAUUCUUUACAAAAUAACGGAGAGGGAAAACAACUAUCAAAUGUUUUGAGUACUCGAGAAGCUAUAAUGAGCACUUAUAGGGGAUUUAUUUAA